AUUUAUUUCGGCCAAUUUCUCUUAGCGUAUUCAAUUUUCUUUCAAAGGCCCACAAGACACAUGCUGCAUUGGUUUUUGAUAUCUCAAUAACGAUAAUUGAACCCCGCAAGGGGCACAGGUACUCAGUCCAGCGGCCGGGACAGCUCGAAUUCAGGAACCUUGAACCCAGAAUAAAAUGACGAAGAGGCACCGCAUAAUUCGAAAAACGUAAAAUGUCCCUCUACUACGACGCAGCGCGCAUUCUUGAAAGUGCCGGCGAUGCAGGUGGAUCGCUCAAGUCACGAAUCUACAACCAGACCAGCAAGGCAAAUGAAAAAGGCAGCGGCAAAGAUGGCAGCAAAAACAAGUCCAAUCCCGCCACGAUAUAUGCGCUCGUUAGCCAGACGACCAAAUGGGCUGCGCCGCUGAAGGAAGUCAUUGAGAAGUCUGGCCUCCUCGAUAUGGAGAAGAAGAUCACACCGAUUCUCGCCCUACUACUCGUACACGACCAACUACUGUCCAAAAAAGGCAUUGCGGCACCGGCAGCACAUCCGCUCAAGGUCGCUAUCACGCGGCACAAGGCGCGAUUACAAGCGGAAUUCACAAAGGCGCGGAUCCGGCGGCGAUUCCCUACGGUCGAGGCGUGGAAAGCGCAUAUCGAGGACGGAGCAGAGGAUGAGCAGGCCACGGGCGUAUCCAAUGGCGCCGGGGAGCAUACAAAAGAACAGAGUAGAUUGAAGUGGAGACAUCCGCGCUGGGUGCGUGUCAAUACGCUGCGGACGACGCUGGAGGAACAAUUGAAGACCACGUUUGCGGGGUAUACGCAGGUCGAUAAUCUGGAGACGGUACUGCAAGUCGCGAAUACAGCUAACCCUGCUGCCGCCACUACGCAUCAAAAGCCUCAAGGGUCAAAGAAGGAGUCUGCAGAUGAAAAACCCCCGCUGCAUAUCGAUCGCCAUGUACCAAAUCUCCUCGCACUCCCUGCUGGAACAGACCUUACAAAUACACCUGCAUAUCGACAAGGCAAGAUUAUUCUCCAGGAUAAAGCCUCGUGCUUUCCGGCACUCCUGUUAGACCCGCAGCCCAGCGAUGGCGACUUGAUGGAUACAUGUGCGGCCCCGGGGAACAAGACGACGCAUCUGGCUGCCCUGGCUACAAAGAGCAGGGACAGUAAUCGUACUCUGGUCAGCCAACGCCCUUUAUCGCAUGAUGAUUCCGCGCGGCCAAGGAAGCGCAGAAAGGCGGGGACGGGUGCUUUUGCAGAUACAGACAAUGCUUCCACUACAAGUACCGCCGAGUCUACGUCUCAACUGUAUCCCGAUCAAAAAAUCACUGCUCUCGAACGCGAUAAGCGCCGCGCAGUGACACUGCAAAAAAUGGUCACUUGGGCCGGUGCUUCUCCGUCUUCGUUCUCGUUCUCGUCCUCUUCUUCGACUUCUCUUACUUCUGGCACUACCCCCGGUGCAGUCCCAUCUGUGGAUGCAGUUAAAGUAACAGUCCAACAAGGCCAAGACUUUCUCAAACUCAACCCGCUCGAUCCGCAGUGGGGGCGCGUCGGCGCCUUGCUUCUCGAUCCCAGUUGUUCUGGCAGCGGCAUCGUCGGCCGCGAACAAGUCCCUACUCUUGUGCUUCCUGUUCGAUCAUCUGCCUCUAUUUCUUCCGCCUUGACUUCUUCCGGUAGGAAGCAUAAGCGCUCUCGUCACAGAACCCCUACCUCUACCUCUACUACUACCGCCACCACCACUACUACUACCAAUCCGACUACCACUACCGCUACCGACACUACAACCAACGCCACAGUCGACGAAGAUGACGCAGACGCAGACGCAGUAACGCAAGACCUCCUCGCCGAAAACGACGCCGAAGAUCCCCAGUCUCAGUCACAGUCCCAGCUCACCGCCCGUCUUCAAUCCCUCUCGGCCUUUCAGCUCAAACUGCUCUUACACGCCAUGCACUUUUCCGCCGCGCGCAAGAUUACGUAUAGUACGUGUUCGAUCCACGCGGCGGAAAACGAGGAUGUUGUCGUGCACGCCCUGUUAUCUGACGUUGCAAGGACAAGGGGUUGGAGGGUCCUGACGAGGGAGGAGCAGGUCGAGGGGAUGAAGAGGUGGGAUGUCAGGGGAGAUGUAGAUGCUGUGCUGCGAGCACGAGCGUUAGAGGGUCAAGAGGAACUUGACAAUGGGAAAGAAAAGGAUGAGAGGCUGGAUGCUAAGAGUAUAAGCCAGGGCUGUAUACGCGCGUAUAAAGGCACAGCGGACGGGACCAUGGGGUUCUUCCUGGCGGGGUUUGUCCGGGACGGUGAUGCCGACGCCGUCGAAGAAACUGUCGAAGACCCGGGCGCCGACGGGGACUCGGUCCAAGACCAUGAGACCGACGCAGACACAGUUGGUGCAGUCAGCGCGGUCGAAGACAGGGAUGCGGAUAUGGAUGUGGACGGACGGAAUGGACAGGAGAAUCGUAAUAGAAAGGCCAAUGCAGAUGCAGAUGAGGAGGACGGCAUUGAGGGGGAUGGCGACGAGGACGAGGAGGAGGAAGAGGAGGAGGAGGAAUGGUCAGGAUUUAGUUCAGACUGAACACGCUCAUUGCUCACCAUCUCACCGCCUCGCUAUAAUACCUACCUAUUAUAAUUCCUACGCAUUAUACCUGGCAAUUUAUCACUGUGUCCGCACCUAUCACUGCUUCAUCACCUCAAUCAUUGCCUCAGCGCCUCUAUCGCCACCUACUAUGUAUAUAACUCACUACCUUGAC